AUGGAGCUGAUGGUGCUGCUCAAUGCUCUGGUUACUCGCCUGCUCUUUGUGUUACACUCUCUCAUCGGGGUCUGGAGAGUGACUGCAGUGAAGAAAGAACCCAAGUACUGGCUGCUGGCACUACUCAAUCUUCUCCUGUGCCUGGAGACAGGGCUUACCCUCAAGUUUAAACAAGGCAGAGGCUACAAAUGGUUUUCACCAGCAAUAUUUUUAUAUCUGAUUUGCACAGUACCAUCACUAUGGCUACUAGAAAUUCAUCACGGGACUCAGUACUGUGGUAAUGAGCCUGGAGCAGUUCAGGUGAAUGUCAGCAACCAAGACUACAAUCAAUCCAGAGACAGCAGUCAUGGAAGUGAGGGAACAGAUCACCACAUCAUUCAAACGGCUAAAGUCUUUGUGAAUCAGCUCUCCACAAUCUGCGAGACUGUAUGGACACUGGCCCUCCACCAGACUUUUCUACUGCUGCUAGUAGUUGGGAGAUGGCUUCUCCCUAUUGGAGUUGAAAUCACCCGGGAUCAAUUGUCUCAGCUGCUUCUCAUGUUUGUGGGAACAGCAGCAGAUAUACUUGAAUUUGCUAGUGAAACUCUGGACAUUGAAGAUGUUCGGAAGAAUUAUGUUCUCAUAAAUGCAAUUCUUGCUGUAUGGACAUGGAGUAUGUUACAGUUUCCACUUGAUCUUGCAGUACAGCAUAUUGGCUGCAAACCAACUGCAUCAACUAGGCGGAUCCCCAGCUUGCUGCUGUGCAGGUACAGUGCGGAACUGUGGAACAUUGGGGUCAGCCUUUUCAUACAGGAUGGUCCCUUCUUCAUUGUGCGUUCAAUCCUGAUGGGCCACUUCGGAAUAUUCAAUCAGAUGCUGGUGUUUUUUACAGCUAAGAAUAUCUUAGUUGUGACUCUACAAUUGUAUCGUUUGGCAGUGAUAACAUUAGACUUCCGUGCUACCAUUCUGCAGAAGAGCAGGAAAGGAGAAGUCAGCUGUUGCCCAUGCGAGCCUUAUAAAACUAGUACUCAUGCUGCCGCUGAGCAAGAUACCGAAAUGAAAGAGUUUGUCGCUUUUCCUCCAAAAGAGGAAUCUCAAGCUCCAUCAGAAGACAAGUGAGCACAGUUACUGACUUGAAAGAAGUUACAUUUCCCACAGCUUCUUCAGAAGGGCUUAGCCUAUUUCUGUGAUCAAAUAUGACUUGAGUGCCCAAGUCAUCUCUUCCACCAAGAGAUCAAUAAUUUCUUCUAAAUUGUAGGGGAAAAUUCUGACACAAACUCAUAGAAAUGGGCCUUUUUCUUUUUAUCAAUUUGCAUGGUGGGUUUUGACUAGUUCUCUAUUAUAUUAUCCAGAGGUAUUUUGUAGCCAUAGUUUGUAGUAGCAAGAAAGGUCUGGCACACUAACAAAGUCUGUUAUUUUCAGUGGCACUGUGCUAACAUAUGUACUUGCAUGUAUUUGCAUAGAGGGACAAGCCUAUCCAUUAUGGGAAGUACAGAAUCAUUUAGGUCUACUUGAAUGGUCAGGCUAUAACUAGUGUGUGAUGAACAGUAUGUUCACCACGUAUGGGAGCACCUUCAGUGGCGACAACUGAGCGGACAUGCAAGUGAAGGGAGAUGACAGAUUUCUACUCUUACUGUGACAUCUAAACAUUGCUCAUUCAAGAAAUUUAAGCAAAUCUUCAUCAAAUGUUACCUCAUCCUUGGCUGGAUUCAGUUAAGAACUAUGCAGCACCAUUACACUGCAUACACAAGACUGUCUCUUAGGACCUACAUGGUCUGAGUAACCCAAACCUUAUAAGUAAACAAACAAACAAACCCCCCCUUCCCCCCCCCCAAAAAAAAAAAAAAAAGGCAAAAGCGGCCCCACAGAUCAUUAGAAGACGACACCAUUUGUCUCAGGCAUUUUCUAAAGAUGUUUGCCUUUCUAUUCCCACCAGUUAGAACACACACACAAAAAAAAAAAACCCAAAACAAAAAAAAAAAAAAAAAAAAAAAAAAAAAAAAUCAACACCCAAAAUAUUUGUAAAGACUUCUUUUUGCUCCAGUUCACUGUGACUGCAGUUUAGACAAGUUUUUAAAAUGUCUCAAUUUCACAUGAUUUUUAAACAUGGCCUGACACAGGCAUACAAUUUAAGUAGAAAGAAAGUGGCAGUGCUUAAGUUUGAAAAGACAAGCUAGACAAAAGGAUUCAGGCUUGGGCUUCACAUUCCUUGAGGCACGACAAGGUCCCAUGGUAAAACUUGAGAGACUGUCUGGUGCAUUGAAUGUCAAGAUCCAUUUUUAAGAAAUGGCUAAUAAUUACUGAUUUACUACUUUCACAUUUGCAGUGAACAACAUAGGGCCAAAUUCAUUUGUCCCAAGAACACACUUUAGAUCAGUGUAAGACCACUAACUUUGCUGAGGUUAUCUUACAGAAGCUGGAAGUAGGAUAAGUGAUUUUGAAAGUUUGCCUAAAAAUACAGAUUUCUGCAUCUGUUCUAAAAGCCAUAAAAACAUGGCCAAUAUGAAGUGACCUAAUUAAGAUAACUUCCCUUAUUAAAAAUUCACCAUUAAACCUUAGUUUCUAAAGCCUCGGCUAUCUAAAAAGAGAAUCUGGUUUCGGGAAUUAAUAAAAGGGUUUCUGCCACCACUGCAGCAGUCAUAUGCUUAUUUAUCCAUAGCCUGAUAAGCAAUUACAUGUUUAUUCUUUAAAAGAUUAACAUAUUUAAAAAUUCUAUCCCCCAAACACAUGAACUGUGUUCAUACUUGUGAGCUGUUACUGUUCUAUGCAGGAUCUGGCACUUCCAUUACAGAAGAAAAUGCACAGACGUAAACGAAGGAAGUCUGAUAUACUUCAUAGCCCUUUCUACCAUUUCUAAUUUAGUAAUAAAGUGCAACACAUCCUGCUUUUCUUAUUUUGGACCUUUUUCCAGCAGAAAUUUACUAGAUGAUCUUAAGGUCCUUUCUAACCCUAACCAUUCUAUGAUUCCGUGAUCAUUUGCCAUGGCAUUGUGAGGUAAACAUACAGAAAGCGGAAUGUGACUUUAUUUGGGAUUUUAAUUCAAGGCUAGAGGUAAAAAAGCUAGAGUGCUGCUGCUCCUGAGCCGCGCUGUCUAAAACCUUUCACACUAGGGUGAAUUUAGAAUCAAUUGAUAGAACUGCAACACAUCUCCUUGUUGAUGCAAGCAAGGACUACUCACAUUCAUUUUGAGUUUACCACUUGCUGAUAUAGUAAUUAUCCCGUUAAAAGGAUCCUUUCUAAUUAAUUUGGAGUGUACUGAGCUUGCUAGAAAGUCAUUUAAAAUUCAUCAGCACAAAAAUUGCAGGAUGUACUUUUUUGAAAAACUGCCUACCAGGUUCAGCCUGCAGCAAAUGCAGGAUCCCCUGGGGUCAGCAAUACAGACACUAGUUACAGCAGGAAUAUUUUACAGCUAACUAUAUUUCCUGGUCUUCAGGCUGUUCCAUUUUAAACAGCAGUAAAGCUUCUAAUCAGAUUUACUGUGAGAAGAACUCAGUUCAAUGCUAGGUUGUUACUACUAGAUCCCAUUCCCAUUCACUCACAGACAAAUAGGCUAGAUCCUCCCUUGUGCUUACAAUAGAAUAGAUUUGGAUUUCCUUUUUCCUCACCACUACCAGGGAUGACAACAAACAGAUAGAUUGCUUAAAAACAAAAGAAAACCCAAACAGUCAAACAAAACACUUGAAUGGUGGGUAGUCUACUUCCCCAUCUGUGUACAGAGGGAAUCACAUACGCCAGGUAGCAGCAGGAAUGACAUACAGUUCCCUCUACUUCAUUGAGAAGCCUGGAAACAGCAAUUGAAUAAGUCUGAUUGCUCGUAUGUUUGGUCACAGUGGCAAACCCCUGUUGCAAGCCCUCCUCACCUUGCUAUUGCUAAUUUCUUGAGAGGGAGGACUAAAGCACUGUUGUUUUCCAGCAGGCUGAGUCAGCUGAAUCAGCAGCUGGGUGUGAGGAGCCAUUGUCUCUUCCUGCAGCCUUCCAGAGCUUUGCACUAGGCAAGAGGUAGAAUAGAUUUUCUUGAAGAUUUGCCAGCACCUGUGGAGUAUCUAAAGAACAACUGAUGUCAUGCUUGCUAUUCAGAAAAAGCUCCAGUAAACUUUUAGACAGGGAAAAUUCAAGCCUUCAAAAUAGAGGGAUUUCAGAACAUUAUUUAACCUUUACUUACUUGAGUCAGGUGAAUUAUAUUACUAAAUCUGUUCUGCAAGUAGAUAUCUAACCAUUUACUGUUGUUUAUUCUAGUUGUUCCUGCCUUGUCCUUUUAGAUUAUUCCAUAUUAAGCCUCGCUAAGUGUUUUAAUACUUGUCUUUUCCUGUUCUAAAAUGUAUUCCUCCUUUUCUUUGGAUGUUGGCUCAAAUAAGAUCAUGGCCCUGAACCUUAAAAAAAAAAAAAAAAAAACCCAACAAAAAAAACCACCAAAA